AUGGUUGUAUUUGGAAUAUUUGCACGAGCGCAGCUCGAAAAUGUCGCGGAACUGCGCAUUCCGGAGAGGCACUUGUGGACCUUUGACCUCAAGGAGUCGACUGGUGACGAGACACGCGACUUCGUCACCAUCAGCGACGAAGAGCUCGUUGAGACCGGAAACACGCGGAACGUCGUGCAUGGGUGUAUCUUUUUCAAGGAAUCUAACCGCAGGGGCACCAUCGCCAUCAAAACCAUCAAGGACGUCACGAAAAACGCAAUCACUGAAUCCAACACAUUCACCUGCAUUGGUGCAUUUGACUGCAGGGGAAUCGAAAUCACCAAGUGGCACCCGCGAGGCGGAUAUCAGGUCGUCUGCGAAAGCGGCACCGUUAUAAACGAUGUUGAGUUCGACACCUCCGGUGCGUGGGUGGGAUUUGACGAGGCGGCUUCGGCCUCUGUCUCGGUCAUGGAGCUCGACUACGAGAUAAGGACGUUGUAA